UCAAAACAAUAAUAUGAAACAAUAGUGUCAAGAAAAUUAAUUAUUAAACAUAAAAAAACACUAAUAAAUUAACAUGGUAAAAAUAUCAUUAUCAAUAAAAGCAAGUCUCAAUUGCAUAAGUGAAUUAAAACCAUCAGGAAAUGAUUUUCGUUGGUGUUUAAAAUUAACAUGCUCCAACUGUGGUGAAUCAUCUGACAAAUGGAAUUAUUUAUCAUUGAGUGAAGAAGUGUCUCUUCCUCAUGGCCAAGUACAUUUUACAAUUAAAUGUAAACUCUGUUCAAGAAUCAACACUGUAACAAUAAUUGCUGAUUCAAUAAAACCAUACCUAGAAGAGGAUCAAGAUAAAUUCAAGGCAAUUGUUACUUUUGAUUGUCGAGGUGUUGAACCAUCUGAUUUUAGUGCCAGGGAAGGAUGGACAGCCUGUACAACUGAUGAUGGAAAAAUCUUUCAAGAUGUUGACUUGUCUGAAGGUGAAUGGUCUGAUUAUUGUGACAAAACAAAUCAACCAGUUAUGAUUGAUGGAAUUGAACAUAAAUUUGAUAGAGUUAAAUAAAUUAUCAGCUAAUGUAAAUUUUUUUGGUACAAUAAAUUGUUUAACAACGACAUAAUAUAAUUUAUUCAUAAUCAUAUAUAAAAAAAAUCAUCAUUUGAUGAACAAUUUGAUACAGAGACAUGUAAAUUAUUUUCAACAAUUCUUUGGUUGUUUUAAUUAUUAUACCCUGCACAAUUCACCAUGUGACUUUAUUAAAAAUUAAAUAAUUACUUUAAUUAUUUAUUGUAAAUUAUAAUCAUCUUUGUUCUGUUUUUUUUUUUAUUUUUAAAUAUGGAAUGUGUUUAAGACAAUAAUAUAGUCAACGAAACAAUUAUUUUUGCCA